CAGCUCAUUAAGUACAAUUUCCAACAACUAUAGAAUAUCUACUACUACUACAACACUGGAGCAAAAAAAGGCUAGAGAAGACUGGUCAAUCAGUGACUGAGAGGAAAAAAAGAAGAAAAAAAAAAUGGGAAAAUCAACAGCUUCUUCUUGUUUCAAGAUAAUUGCUUGUGGCAGUGAUUCAGUUGAACAUGAUGAACUUGAAACUCCUUCUGAGAGUAAGAGCUCAAGCGACAAGCGUGGAUGGAGUUUCCGCAAGAAAUCAGCCAGGCAUCGUGUAUUAAGCAAUACAGUAGUUUCAGAAACACCAUCUGGGAACAAGGACUGGCCAGAAUCUGCAAAUGCCAAUCUGCAAACGCAAUCUAACUCUACCAUUCCAGAGAAGGCAUCUGUCAUCCAAUGGGCAGAUGAGAAACCCCAGUUCUCAACAGCCGAGAAGCCCAAGAUCUGCGCAGACGAGAAGCCCCAGAUCUUAGCGGACGAGGAGCCCCAGGUUUCGACAGCCGAGAAUCCCCAGAUCUUGGAGGACGAGAAGCCCCCUGUUUCCAAAGAUGAGAAGUCCUUGGUCUCUGAAGAUGAAAAGCCCCCGGUUUCCGAAGACGAAAAGCCCCCGGUUUCCGAAGACGAGAUGCCCCUGGUUUCUGAUGACGAGAAGCCCCUGGUUUCUGAAAAUGAGAAGCCACGCAUCUCAUUAGACAAGAAGCCCCGUGUCUCAACAGAUGAGAAACCCAUACCCUUAUCCGUGGUGGAUGCAACACUAUCAGAGCCAGUAACAUCUAGAGUCAAUGAUGGUAAAGCUGAUGUUACUCCAGAUGAGCAUGUUGUUAUUGUUAUCCAGACUGCAGUCAGAGCAUUUCUGGCAAGAAGAGCUCAACUGAAGCAAAAGCAUAUAACUAAAUUGCAAGCUGCUGUACGUGGACAUUUAGUUCGCAGGCAUGCUGUCGGAACUCUGCGAUGUGUCCAGGCUAUUGUCAGAUUGCAGGCUAUUGUGCGAGCACGCCAUGCUAACCGCCUUGCAAAAGGAUCUAGAAAUAAGGAGAAGUUAAAUGGAAAGGGAAAGGAGAACUCAGGAACAAAAUCAGAGGUCACAUACACUUCUAUUUCGAAGCUACUAAGCAAUAGCUUUGCUCAACAGCUCCUUGAAUCAACUCCGAAGACCAAAAGUAUUAAUAUUAAGUGUGAUCCUUCCAAAUCUGAUUCAGCCUGGAAAUGGUUAGAGAGAUGGAUGUCUGUUUCAUCACCAGGAAAUGAACCGUCACCACAAUUAGAAUUAUCAGCAGAACAGCAGGAAAAGGAAAGUAGUGUUGAGCACUCCAGCAACCUUAUUGAAAGUAAAGUUCAGCUUGAUUCUGAGUCAAUGGACUUCAGACAGGAUGACGAGGUAUCGUUAUCUGCGGCUCUGUCGGAAAGUGACGAACAUUUGAUCACUUAUGAUGCAGAUAGCUUAGAGGUGCAAGCCGACAUACCAGUACCUCCUCAGCCUAAGAAUGUUGAUGAAACAAAUUCAAGAGAUGACAAUUUCUGUUCUAUUCCUACUCAAUAUAAGGAGUCCGAGCUGCUCCCCAAGCCAGAGACCAAUUCUUUCCCUGCUAAGACCGAAGCUGACAGUGAGGAUACACAUUCCCUUACUGUUGAACCUCCAGAGACGUGCAAACAGGUCGUACAUGGAUCAAGAAAGGCAAGUAAUCCUGCAUUUAUCGCUGCUCAGACAAAGUUUGAGGAACUCACUUCGGCAGCUAAAUCAACCAAAAUAUCUAGUUUGUCCAAUCAUAAGACUGAAGACGAAUCCAGUGAAGAUACAUUUUCAUCUAUCACUGAUCAAUCAUUUGGGGCAAGGGAAACUGCCAUGUCAGAAGCUUCUGUUCCUCAUAGUACAAGAGCUCAAGUUGGUGGUUCUGAAUGUGGCACCGAGCUUUCUAUUUCUUCUACCCUGGACUCACCAGAUAGGUCUGAAGUUGGAGCUCGCGAAUUUGAGCAGGAACUAAAGCCUUCAUACGAUCAAACUGGCCAUGACAAGAACAACGGAUAUCCGCACAUUGGAGACGAUAGUAUAAAUGACUUAUUGCACUCCGACUAUGUUCAGUCAGGGACAGAGGAUCCUACCGAUAAUGCUAACAGUGAGCUGAAAGAUGUUAUGGUCAGUUCAGAUCUAUCACACGAGGAGAAGCCAGAAAACAAUUCAGUUAAUGUUCAAAUAGAGCAAGAAGCUAAGACGGAUCGGCUAUACAAAGUGUCACCAGAUGCAUCUCCAAGGAGCCAUAUAACUGUUCCUGAAUCCCAAGGGACACCUUCUAGUCAGGUGUCAGUGAAUCCUAAGAAGAUCAAAAGUGAAAAAAGUGGAUCAAAUCCCAAACGUCAUUCCUCAUCUGCUGGCAAAAAGUCUCCUUCGAAACCAAUCCAUGAUUCAGGUACAGCUAGUUUGGAACAAUUACCUAAGGAUCAUAAAAAUGGAAAGCGACGGAAUUCUUUCGGUUCAGCAAAAGCUGGACAAGUUGAACAGCAGGAGCCUAGA